AUGCAGGCGCCCGUUGUUUUUAUGAAUACUUCGCAGGAAAGAAGUAGUGGACGUGAAGCUCAGAUUUCUAAUAUUACUGCAGCGAAAGCGGUUGCUGAUGUGAUCCGGACGUGUUUGGGGCCCAAGGCGAUGUUGAAGAUGUUGUUAGAUCCGAUGGGAGGGUUAGUUUUAACGAAUGACGGACAUGCUAUUUUGCGGGAGAUAGAUGUUGCACAUCCGGCUGCGAAGUCGAUGUUGGAGUUGUCUAGAACUCAAGAUGAGGAGGUUGGUGAUGGUACGACGACUGUGAUUAUUUUGGCUGGGGAGCUUUUGGCUCAAUGUGCGCCAUAUAUACUAGAAAAGAAGAUCCAUCCUGUGAUUAUCAUCCAGGCGUUGAAGAGAGCUCUUGGAGAUGCAUUGGAAGUGGUGAAGCAAGUUAGUAAACCUGUGGACGUGGACAACGACCAGGCUAUGAAGAAGCUAAUCCAUGCUGCAAUUGGCACUAAGUAUGUUAACCAUUGGUCUGAAAAGAUGUGUGAGCUUGCUUUGAAUGCAGUCAAGAUUGUUCGUGUUGAUUUGGGUGUGAAUUUGGAGGGAGAACCUAAUUAUGAGAUAGACAUCAAGAGAUAUGCGCGUAUCGAAAAACUUCCAGGUGGUGACGUUAUGGAUUCCGAAGUAUUGCAUGGCGUGAUGUUGAACAAAGAUGUUGUGCAUCCUAAGAUGUCUCGUCGUGUAGCGAACCCUCGUGUUGUGCUUUUGGAUUGCCCUCUAGAAUAUAAGAAGGGAGAGUCUCAAACCAACAUUGAGAUUACUAAGGAAGCAGAUUGGAACAGAAUUUUGCAGAUUGAGGAAGAACAAGUUAAAAUAAUGUGUGAGCAGGUUUUGGCGGUCAACCCUGAUGUAGUCAUCACGGAAAAGGGUGUUUCAGAUUUGGCCCAGCAUUUCCUUUUAAAAGGCGGUUGUAGCGUGUUGAGAAGGGUCAGAAAGUCUGAUAAUAAUAGAAUUGCCAGGGUUACUGGUGCCACUAUUGUAAACCGCGUGGAAGACUUGAAAGAUUCCGAUGUGGGCGUACAAUGUGGUUUGUUCAAAGUUGAGUUGAUAGGUGACGAAUACUUCACUUUCUUAGAAGAAUGCAAAGCACCAAGAGCUUGUACAAUUGUUUUAAGAGGCCCAUCUAAGGAUAUAUUAAACGAAAUUGAGCGUAACUUACAGGAUGCUAUGGCUGUUACUCGUAAUGUGAUGCUCUCCCCAUCUUUGUCUCCUGGUGGUGGUGCUACUGAAAUGGCCGUAUCCGUUAAGUUAGCUGAACGCGCUAAGCAGUUGGAAGGUAUCCAGCAAUGGCCUUACCAAGCAGUUGCAGAUGCAAUGGAAUGCAUCCCACGUACUCUAAUUCAGAACGCUGGUGGAAAUCCAAUAAGAAUAUUGUCACAAUUACGCGCCAAGCAUGCUCAAGGUAACUUUACAUAUGGUAUCGAUGGUGAGGCUGGCAAAAUUGUUGAUAUGGGAGAUUAUGGUAUUUGGGAACCAGAAGUCAUCAAGCAACAGAGCAUAAAAACUGCUAUUGAAAGUGCCUGUCUACUUCUAAGAGUUGACGAUAUUGUGAGCGGUGUUAAAAAACAGGAGACAUAA